UACGCCAGCCGCAUCGUCAGGUGGCUGACGAGCCAGCAGAACUAUUACGGAGGCUUCUCCUCCACACAGGACACUGUGGUGGCUCUUCAGGCUCUGGCUCUUUACUCCACUCUGGUGUUCAGUCCAGAGGGUUCAAGCACAGUGACGGUCCAGUCUCCCAACGACAAGCUGACGUUCAAGGUGAAUCAGAACAACAAGCUGCUCUACCAGGAGCAGGUGCUGAAGGACGUUACAGGAAAGCACCACCUGACAGUGCAGGGCACUGCGUGUGUUGCAAUGCAGAUUUCUCUUCACUAUAACGUCCCAACUCCGACAGAUUUCACAGCCUUCAGGGUCGAGGUUAAAUCCGAGGCCGACUGCAGCAGCAGGAUGCCCAAACUCACUCUGAAGCUCAACGCCCUAUACAGGGGAAGGCAAAGUUCUACAAACAUGGUGAUCCUGGAUAUCAAAAUGCUCUCUGGAUUUAUCCCAGACCCAGAGUCCAUAAAGAGCCUCAAAGUUGCCCCGAUGGUGGAUCGAGUUGAACAGAAGGACGAUCACGUUCUGGUGUACAUUCAGGAGGUGAGUCGGCAGGUUUCCAUUAACACUUGAAUUGUGCAAACUGAGAUUCCUUAU